AUGGUGGGCCUGACCACCUGUGAUCAACAUGGAGAAAAAGAGAAGCUCUUCUGUGAGGAAGACCAGAGACCCCUCUGUGAGUCUUGUUCAUUAGCCCCAGAGCACAAGCAUCAUCAUGUUCUUCCCAUGGACAAGGCUGCUGAAAAGUGCAAGGUGGAUGUAAAGACUUUUAAACAAUCAGUUAUAUCUGAAUAUGAGAAAAUGUACCAGUUCUUCCAGAAUGAAGAAAAUCAACACCUGCUGAGAUUGGAAAGGGAAUUCAGAAACAACAUGGAAAAACUCAAGGAGAACAAGGAAAAAAUAUCACAACAAAUCCAAAAUCUGCAAAGAAUGCUAUUAGAUGUGGAGGAGAAUUUGGACAAUGGUCCAUUAGAAAUGUCCCAGAACAAAUGUAGCCACGUGUGUCCUGUUUUUAGGAAUGAGGAGCAGCUACUUGAAGAAAUGAAGCUUGAUUCCGCUACCUGGAACACCUACCCAAUCACUGGAUUGAGAGAAAUGCUCAUGACCUACCAGAGAGAUAUAACUUUGGAUGCCGAAACAGCCCAUCCUCAUCUCGUUGUGUCUGCAGAUUUGAAGUAUGUCAAGUGUGGAAGUGUCCCACAGGACCUUCUCGGCAAUGAAGAAAGAUCUGAGGAUGUUUUCUUUGUAUUGGGGGCCCAGACCUUUACCUCAGGCAAACACUAUUGGGAAGUAGAGUGGGGAAAUAAUACAGAGUGGGAAGUGGGUGUCUGUAAAGUUUCAACUAUCCAAAGUGGGAACCUCUCCAUAUUGCCUGAGGAUGUAACUGCCCUAGAAGGCUUCAGAUGUGUAAAUGAUUACUUCACCUAUAAAUUAAGAGAUAUCUUUAUUGUGAGUGAGCCCAUAGAUAAGAUGGGCAUAUUUCUUGAUUAUGAAAAGGGACAUAUAGCAUUUUAUGAUGUUAUAGAAAACACCCUUAUCUAUAGUCCCCCAGACAUUAUCUUUCAUGGGACUCUCCACCCUUACUUUGCCCUUUCUGUUAAUAAUGAAGAUGGGACCCUUGCAUCACUUGGUAUAUGUCCCAUGAGGAAUGAGUGA